AAACUUGUGUGGCGACUUUAAAGGCGCUACACUUGUCCUGAAAAGACAAGAAUAGGUUUGAACCAGAGCCCUCAAUCAUCUCUUUCUACUUUCGUUUCCUUUUUAUUUAUUAUUACAUAGAAAAUCCAAUUCCAAAGUUUUAAGAAUGAUCAACGCAAUAAGAUUAGCAAACAGAACACAACUACCACCCUCUGUUUUGUCAAAUCCACUGCCAUACCAUAUUGCUCGAAAUUCAGGUGUAACUGACAUCAGAUUCCGACAAGUCGUAACCUCAGCUGGACAACCGGACAACAACAUGGAUCAAACUAAGAAACCUAAACAAGACAAACCCUCGGAGACGAUGUCGAGCAGCUAUGGAGAUGCAUAUGCAACAAGAUCAGAUGAUGAAGGUUUUGGAGGCAUCUAUGGUGGAAAUGAAGAGGAUGAAGAAAACAUUAAACAUUGCAAAGCCCCUGAGUAUGAUGCUAAACAAGGAAGUGAAGUCAAAGAGAAGGAGAAGACUCGUAAUCAACGUCAAACAGCUUGAACUAAAUUGCCAUGCCUUAUCUUAAAUGUUUACUUCUUUUUUCCUAGAUAAUAUUUAUGUACCAAGGUUUGUUAUGUAACGGUUAAUCUUCUUGUAAUUUAUUAAGGAUCAUUUAAUAUUUCGUCGUUAUAGUUUUUUUGUGAAUGAUAAAAAUGACAUGUCAUGUCAA